AUGACGAGCUUCAUCUACCCGGUGGUAGUGGCCUGGACAUGGAAUUACGGCUGGCUGGACACCAUCUUCGAUGUGGGUUACAUGGACUUUGCCGGCAGCGGAAUCGUCCACCUGACUGGAGGUGUGAGUGCCCUGGCUGGGACCAUCGUCCUCGGCCCUCGCACCGGCCGCUUCGUCAACCCGGAGGAGUUCGAGCCUCACAAUUUGCCCUUGGUGGUGUUGGGCACCUUCGCGCUCUGGUUCGGCUGGUAUGGCUUCAACCCGGGAUCCACCCUCGGCAUGCACACUGGCGAUACUGGUGCAAUGGCCGCUCAGGUGGCCAUGAACACGACCAUCUCAGCCGCUACUGGUGGCCUGACGGUCUUCAUGGUCCGCUUUGGCAUCUACAAGAAGUACGAUGUCGGUGGCCUGUGCAACGGCAUUCUUGCCGGACUGGUCUCGAUCACGGCCCCCUGCGGCAACGUGGAGUGCGGCAGUGCCUUUGCGAUUGGCUUCAUCGGAGCCCUCGUCUACCAGGGGGCGUCCAUGUUGCUCCAGAAGUUGAAGAUUGAUGAUCCGGUGGAUGCGAGCCCUGUUCAUGGCUUCUGCGGCGUUUGGGGCUUGCUCGCAGCAGGUCUUUUCGACUGGGGGAAGGGCUUUGACCACUACCACGCCUGGAAUGGAUUCAGCUGCAAGCCCGUCAGCGACACCGACUCGAGCUGCAUGACUGCUAUCGGCGGCAGAGCUAUUGCUGCACAGGCGAUUAUGGCGCUGGUGAUCAUCCUCUGGGCCGGAACUCUUUCCGGUGUCGCCUUCUUCGCAUUGAAGAUGACAGGCAAGCUGCGCAUCGACGAAGAGACGGAGGAGGCCGGCAUGGAUCUGAAGCAGCACUCUCCUCCGAAAGCCUAUGCGAUUGGUCAGGCUCCACCCAAGGAGAAGCAACUGGAGCAGGGCAAGGAAGAGCUCGAGAAGGUCAUGACAGGAAAGACUGUGGUCUUCAACGAUUACUCCUGGAGCCACAGCGACUCCCAGGAGAGCAUUGAGAAGAAGAUGCAGCAGGCCUGGGACGCGACCGAGCGGGAAGAGAACCAUGUCCUGCUAAAGGAGGUCGCCGCGAUCCUGAAGAAGUAUCCCUCCCUGACACUCCGCCUGAAGGGCAUCUCGAGCGGGCGCGGCCAGAACAACCACAUCACGGAGGCAGCCUUCACGAAAGACUUCGAAAAGGACUUCCCAAGCGAGCCACUGGACAAGCGUGAGCCUUACGCUCACGGCCGUGUGCUGAGCAUCAAGCGCAUGCUGGUGAAGGAGGGAAUCAAGGCAGACCGCAUGCUGAGCGAGAUCGUGGUCGCCAGCGGAAGCAAGGUCGAAAUGACGGUGGAGUGA